AUGUCCACACCGCAAGCGCAGAUCAAAGUGGCGAGACAUGAUCUCAGCAGAGACCUUGACAGUAUAUUAGCAUUAUCAAAGGAGAAGCUCGAACAUCUGUACGGACAGACUAGUUCACCUUCCUCAUCCUCUCCAACUACUGCCGCCCAAUCAUUACCUGCUCUUCAACUCCUAGAAGAUUACAACUUAGCAGCGGCCGACUUGGAAGCUUCUCAGAAGCUUAUUGGAGCCUACGUCCGUGACAUGAGGAAGGACGUCUUGGCAAUGGAUGGCUCUGAGAGUGAACGACUCGGAGUUCGAAUUGAUCAAGUAAGGGCAAGGGCGGAGGGGUUGAAGGAGGCGUUGGAUAAAGUCAAAGUGUGA